AUCACUUUGAGACAUCAACGAUCACGAUAAUGAGUAAUCCUGUGUUCUCUUCGCUUUUUCGCCGCUGUAAAUCUCUUUUGGACCCCCAAGUAAGGAUCCCGCGAAGAAAAUAAGAAAUAAAUAUUUUCGUACAUGUUUCUUGAAAUAUACUAAAUAGAGUGUAAAAUCAAUUUCCGUUAACAGGCCUUGUCUGAUGUUCGACGCUUGUCGCUAGGAUCGUUCAGAUUCACAGAUGUAAGCAAAGUCUUUUUUAUUUUAUUUUAUCUACAAGUCAAUAAAUUAUCUUCUGAAUCUUACGCUGUUUUUUAAUUUUUUUUUCCAGGCGGUCAAUCCUGAGAACCAGGUAUGUGGGUUUCAAACGUCUUCCUAGUGAAAUGUAACGCUGUGUUCGUUUUAGUUAUGAGCUUCCUUGAAUGAAUAUAGAUUGUUAAGAAAGUUUGCCUGUUUAUUUUGCAAACUUUUUUUGCCGGUUUGUAUAUCUUUCAUAGAAAAGGAAGAUGAACAAAAACGCGUUUUCUGCAUAGCUGACCUCAAUCCGAAACGAUAUUGAAGCAAUAUACGUAAUUUAAAACGCCCUUGUGGCCGACAUGAAUGAAGCUGAAAUGUUCUCGUCAGACAAUUUUAAUUUUUUUGUCUUUAUGUUCAUGUGUUAGUCUUUAUCUCUCAGUUAUAUAUAUAUAGAACUAAAAACCGUAAGAAUUUCUAUAAACGGAGGCAUUUAAAUAUCUCCUGAUUUCCCUCUAGCAGUUCUUGUAAAAUUGUGCGAUCAAGCAACAUGCUCCUGUCGCGUUACGCGAAUACAAUUGGGAGUCACGGCAUAUUUAUAUCUACACAAGCGUAAAGUUCCGUUGCAUUUUUUCAAUAACCUCUUGAAUUCGGACCAAGAGACGCUCACAUUAUCAGCCAUUAGUCAAAGGAAAUUGGCUUUAACAUUAUUUGAUUGCUUGUAUAUGUUUCUGUUGAUUUUAUUUGAUUUCUUUUUUGGUUUAUAGAGUUUUCAAAUUCGUACUUAACAUAUAUUAGUAAUUAAACAAGUGUGAUUAAGAACACUUUAUCUGUACUGUACGCCCAGAGCCAUAUUGGUGUGUCUUGCGAAGCGCUAAACGCAUGAAUGAAGUAUUGUAAAGCACGUUGUGUUUCUAAAACCUUUCUGAUCGAAAAUCCUUCAAAGGGAGACUGCUUUGAAUUGAAGGGUAAUUUUUAUGCGAAAUGUUCCAAAUCAGUGUUAUGAAUCAAAGCGCUUUGCAGCAAGUAAUGUUCUGAUAUGAUUUGAAAGGUUUUGCGGUUGAAUGAAUUUCUUUCAAAAGUUUUAUGUGGCUCAAUAAACGUGGCCACUGAUAUUUAUCUUGUUUCCAUACUUUGAGGAAUGUGGAUUUUAUAUUGGACUGACAACAAAUUCAUAUUGGCAGUGGUGAUAUUUAACAUUAUUCAACCAUUAAAAAGUAGUCCAUAUGCAACAUAUUUUCCAUAUGGAAAACUGGCCAGCAUGAUGAUUAUAUUCUCUGUCUGAAAGAUAAGUGAAAAACUAUUUUAACAAGCAAACAAAUCUUUACUCUCUGCCAAUAACUGUUGGGGCUCACUUAACAAAUUUCUAGUGCACUACAGAUGCAUGCCAUUGGAUGUGAAUUUAUUUAAAUGUGUUGGACUCCUGUAGCUUGAGGAUGGUUGAUGAUAAUAAGCUUGAAAUUCAAAUGCAAAUUCUCAAAUUGAUUACCUCCCAGCACUUCUUUUAAUUUCUUUUGUCCACGAGUCAAGAAAGGCUUUCUACAGAAUGAAUUGAAAUAUAGGAAUUCAACAACUGUCCAUUAGAACUGCAUAAGUUUUAGAAGAGAGAUGUUAGCCAAAGCUUUGUUAGAUAGAGACAUCAUAUUUAGGAGAAAAGUGUACAUUUAACUAACAGUAUAGCUGGAAUAUUGAAAGAUAAUGUUGUCAGACACACAUAGCAGGAAUUUUUAAGAUUCUUAGUUAUAUUUGGUUAAUAGUCCAUUUUACAGUUGUGUGCUUGGUUGCCAAGCCUUUGAACAGGAGUGAGGCUAAGGGUGACUUUGUUAUGUUACAAACCUUGCUGCUUUUGAAAUGCAAAUUAAUUUGUUAUCAUGCUAACUAGAUUCUGGUCUCUAACACAACAAGGUCACCUUCAGCCUCACUCCAAAUCAAAGGCUUGGCAACUAAGUACACAACUGUAAAAUGGCCUAUUAGAGGUAUUACAGAUCUGAACUUGUUGCAGAGAGAGAAAUCUUUCCAUGUCCUGUCUAGCAGUUUAGUCAUGAAAUCUGUUCUUGUUUUGGUAUUUAAAUAUCUUAAAUAGCUAAAAAGAUGUUUAUAGUAGUGGCAAGGCUUUAUUUACUUUUGAUGGAAAAUAACAUUAAUUUCUUCUGUAAUGAGUGAGAAAAAUCAAUCACCUGUAUUAAAUGCUUGUAAUAUAAUAUUGAUCAUUAUUUUUUAGUUUUCAAUCAAUUUUGAGAGAGGAGAGGGGGGUCAGUCAACCUCAUUGGAGGGAUGACAUUUUUCAUAUUUUGUCUAAUAGAGAACUUGCUUCAAUAUUCAUUGGGGUAAUUAUUCAAGGGUUUGUGGUAAACAGGAUUGUGAUAUGAGCUCUUUGUUUAGGUCUCUGAGCAAAAAGAACGAAAUGAAGAAGUUGGUCAAUACACAGAGUUAGUACGAGACUUUUUAAACCCCAAAGACUUCUACAAUGCCUUGUGUAGCCAUGGCAUGGACUAUUUUUGUGGUGUUCCAGACUCUUUACUGAAGGAUUUUUGUGCAUAUGUAACAUCAGUGACGCCUAAGUCACGACAUGUUAUAACAGCCAAUGAAGGACAAGCUAUUGCUCUUGCUGCUGGAUAUCAUAUGGCCACAGGGAGAGCUGGAGUUGUGUAUCUCCAGGUAAGUGAAGUGAUUUUGUUAGAUUUCAUUUAUCCAAGUCUUGUGAUCUCCUCAUUUAUUCCUCCUUCUAAUUGAUUUAAGUUUCCCUUAAGUUAAUAUUAGUGAAAAGGAAUUUGAUAGUAAUUCAACAUUAUACCCUCUAAAUUUUAAGUUGAUCUAUCUCGUUACCCACUCUUUGGAUAAUGUUAUGAUAUUGUAAGGAGUAGUUUCUAGAUAAUGUAUGUUCUAGGGUUAAUAGUUACUCAUUUUAUUGUUUUAACCCUUUAACUCCCAAGAUCUGAUUGUUAAUUCUCCCCUCUAGAUGCUACAUAUUUCCUUGUAAAUAAGUCAUGAGAAUUUGGUGUUAGAUCAAAACCACUAACUUCUGCCCAACAAAUUUCAGUAUUCUCAUUACAUGUUGGCUGGUUAAUCUGUGGAUGUUACAGGGAGAAGUUAGAUGUUAAUCACUUGUGGGAGUUAAAGGGUUAACCUUUCAAUUCCUAAGAUCUGAUUUUCAAGUAUCCCCUCUAGCUGCUACACAUUUCUUUAUAAAUAAGUUGUGAAAAUUUGGUGUUAGAUCAAGAUAACAACUACCUGAUAACUUGAAGUAUUCUCAUUUCUAGUCUGCUGUACAAUGUAUGGUUAUUGUAAGGAGAAGUUACAUUUAAUUGCUUUUGGGAGUUUAAUGGUUGAACAUAAGGAUAGACUCAUAGACUCUUCUUUCCUUUCCUUUUUUGUCUCAAGCUGUGAGAAUCAUCUGUAAUUUGAUUAGAACUAGGCAUCUGCUUUAUGAAAUAAAAGAAAUGUUUCAUUUUAAGAAGGAUUACCAAGACUGAUUAGCUAGCAAAAAUAAAAAAUAUUAAUGGAGAAGGUUACUUUUAUCAGUACCUAGAUUUGCUUACAGUUUCUCCAAACAGCAAACUUGUCUGAUUUCAACUUUUUCUCUAUUUUCUUUGUAUUAACUAGUUUAUCAAGUUACAUGUUUUGGUGUGUGAAAAGGUCUUUGGAGAGAGUUGCACUUUGUGUAAUGUUUUUCAAAUUAUUUCUUACUUAAAUGCAUUCAAACUAAUUUGAGUUUUUUGUUUUUUUCAUUUUUCUUGCAUCCACCAGAACUCUGGAUUGGGUAAUAUUGUUAAUCCUCUGAUGUCAUUGGCUGUGCCAAGUGUGUACAGCAUACCCAUGUUACUCUUAGUUGGAUGGAGAGGAGAGCCUGGAAAGAGAGAUGAACCACAGCACAUGAUACAGGGGCAGGCCACACCUGGAAUACUUGGUAAAUAAGACACCUUUUUUUGUUAUUUACAAUUUAAUUUUUUUUUGUGAUAAUUUUAUUGUGGCUACAUGUUACAAAAGUGAUAGCUUUUGUGAUAGCAAAGUUCUCCUAGUUGCCUAAAGGCUGAGCUUGUAAUUUGUCACAUUUACAUGGCAAAGCCAUUAAAUUUUCCUGGGAUUAUCUCUUUUUCCCAUUUCAUCUGCAGCAUCAUGUGGAAUUCCUUUUCAAGUAUUGCCCGAUUACCAAGAAGGAGCUGAACAGGUAACGAAGGCAAAAUUUUUUUGACUGAGUUAUAUGCAAACAUCGUAAUUCUGGGUGGUGGGCUAGAGGUUAAUUUACAGAAUGACUAGUAAAUUCCAAUUACUCACUACACAUUGGUUAAGAUACUUGUUUCCUGGUUAUGCCUCAUUCUAAAACAAUUUUCUUGUGGUAUGUCAGUUGUAUUGUAUCUUAAAUUGUGAUCGUUCAUAUGAAAUAUUCUGAAAAUGAAUAUUGCUGGUGACAGAGUCUAAACACUCGACAACCUGUCAUAUUCAAGUAAUGACUUUUGGUCAGGUUGUCUUGCCAACAUUAUUUUCUAUUCGUGAAUGUGAAAGUGAUCUUCACAGUAAUGAACACUAAGUGACCAUUAGAGAAAAUAAGGAUCAAUAUCAGUAUCUGGGCAGCUGCUCACCUACCCCUCCCCUAACCCAACAACAGUCAAUUGGUAACAAAUUGUUGGGUUAGGAGAGGGGUAGGUGGGCAGUUGCCCAGAUACUGAUAUUGAUCUGAAAAUGAGGCCUGAAAAAAAUUCAGGUCUGUACAGGAUUUGAACCCAUGACCUUUGCAAUACUGGUGCAGUGCUCUACCAACAGAGCUAACAAGCUAACUGAGAGUUGGUCAUUCUGUUAGUUCCAAAGAAACCUGUGAAGUGAUGAAUAAAUGAUUGUGAAUAUAUGAAAAUCAUAUCUGUGAACUGCAGGUAAGACUUGAAUAUGAAAGCAAUCUUUGCCAUAAUGAACACUACCUAAGCAGUAGUAAUAAUAGGGCCUGAAAACAAAUUCAGGCCUAUGCAGGCCUGCAUGGGUUCAAAUCCCGAACUACUGCUCAGGGAGUGUUGAUUACUAUGAAGAUUGCUUUCAUAUUCAAGUCUUUAUCCACAGUUCAUGGAUAUGAUUUUCAUAUAUUCACCAUCAUUAUUUUCUGUGACUAACAAUCCUUUUAGGACCCCCCUUAAUUGGAAGAUCAGGCCAUGUUAACUAGUCAUAAAGUUGUUGUAAAAAUCUUUAAUGGCAACUAAUCAUUUCAUGGUCUUUUGUUGAAUGUGCAGGCCUUGUAUGUGGCUAGAAAACAUAUGGAAACAUCAAAAGGACCAUACUGCCUGCUGGUGAGAAGACAGAACUUCUUGCCAUUCAAACUGGAAAAAGAACCUGAAAUGUGAGCAAAAUGAAGAAAAAAUUUUUAUUUACUGUACAAGUAUCAAUCACUGCAUGAUACAAUCGCCCAGGAGUUAAGCUCAGGUCUUCAAAGGAUGAGUGAACAUUAAAUAACGGCAAACUUUACUGUUCUCUCUAUAAUUCUACAGUACUGAUGUGGAUACUAUUUUUGUAACAAUCAAGGAGUUUCUAAGUUAGAAAUCAUUUCCUUUUUUAUCAUGUCCCUUUUGUUUUAUUCAGGGGUGAUACUGAAAGAAAAAAUGAUAGAUUUAAGUUACUCACAGGGACUUAAGGGUUUAACUCUGAAAUCUUCCUCCUUACAGCUUUCCAUUGAAUAGAGAGGGAGCCUUAAAAUCUGUUGUUGAUUCUCUUAAAGACCGUGAUGUGGUUGUAGGCACAACUGGAAUGUUGUCACGUGAACUAUUUGAAUACCGUGUGGCCAAAGGCCAUGGUCAUGAAAAGGAUUUCUUGACAGUUGGUUCCAUGGGUCAUGCCUCAGCCAUUGCUCUUGGUAUUGCUCAAUUUAGACCAAAACGACAGGUAUAGUAAAUUGACUGUUUAUUAGGUUACUUAGGACAAUUUCAUCACCACUAAAAUUUUCAUACUAAAUGUUAUGAAUUUAGAAAUACAUAUAUUUUUUCUUUGUCCCACACUCCUGAAAAGAUGAAAAGCAUCUUUCUCUAGUUCUUUACCGAUCCUAAAACUUGCCAUCUUUCUUAAUGAAUUGAUAUUGAAGGAGAGGCAGUGUUUUCCAAAUAUAAGUUACAUGAGUUUGUGUAAGAUUUUUCCUUCUGGAGACUGAUUUCUCUACACAGCCCUAAUGAGUAAUUACCCUAAUGAGGCUCUGAUACAAAAGGUUAUACAGAUUUUGUAACAAUGUGAAUCUUGUUAUGUAACUGCUAUUUAAUUCUAAGCAGUGCAGUCACAAAACUAAUUUUUAGUUACAAGCACAAGCUAUAUUAUGGAUGGUUGUAAAAGUAUAUUUAAGGUAACUAGCACCUACGUUAUGGUAACUUUUCAACCCUAAGCAUUAAAUUCACUAAUGAUUGGAAAUCUGUAUAUCAUUACCAAAGCAACAUUUGAAGUUUUCAUUUAGAAGAGGAUUUUAAUGAUAACAUAACCCUUUUGAGCCUCCUUCAUUGUUACCUUUGUUGUAGAUUUUUUGUUUGGAUGGUGACGGAGCUGUUCUUAUGCACAUGGGUGCUAUGGCUACCAUUGGACAAUCUGAAGUAGCCAACUUUAAACACAUCCUGAUCAACAAUGGCUGCCAUGACUCUGUUGGAGGCCAGCCAACCAGUGGCUUAAGUGACUCCUUUGAUUUCCUAAAGAUUGCCCAGGCCUGUGGGUAUAAAACGGUAUGUAGAUUCCUCCAUCCUGUCUUUCAUUUUGUAAUAAUCAUUGUGUCAAUUCAAAAGGGUCACUAGUUUUUCAUAAAGGAGGGAGUCUCAAUUUCAGUAUUGCAAAUUUUCAUUUGGGUUUAGUGUUUAACUCCCACCUCAGAUGGGAUCAUGGGAUAUCAAUCAAUCAUAUUGACAGGGUUUUUAUUAGGCAUUGGAGAUCAGUGAGUUUGCUGGUUCCUAUGCCUCCUUCAAAAUUCUAAGCAAGGUCUUAUUCAGAAGUGGAGAAUAUCCUGCUGUUGGUCUACACAGUUCUCCUUUUUCUACAUAUCUUCAUGAAAAGCCUCUGUUAAUUUUCCUUUUCAUUUUAGGUAAUGAGAGCAACUCAACCAGAAGAAGUAGCUGAAGCUGUCACACGCAUGAGAUCUCUUGAAGGCCCAGUGCUCCUAGAAAUAAGAACAAACAAAGGAGGACGAAAGGAUCUGGGGCGACCAACAAGAACACCAAUUCAGAACAAGAAAGACUUCAUGCAUUUCUUGGCUAUCGAUCAUUAAUUUACCCACAAUUUCAACAAUUUUAUUUAAAGGGAAGCUGUCCUAGGAGAAGGGUUAAAUAACUAACAUUGCUCACUUUUCUGUCCGAGUUCUGAAAGGCAGACAAAGCUUGAGGCCUUGUGUUUUUUAUUGCUCUGUUGUCUCACUUGUGUCAAGUUUCAAAAAAACCAGAAGCCAUGAUGGCUGAAGGUUGACUGAAGUGAGCUUAGAUGCUCAAUCUAAUCUUUGUGGGAAUGGUGAUUGUGAUAAUUACUCUUAUUUUCACACAAGUAAGUCAUUGGUGGGUUUUCAGUGAACAAACUAAAAGAGUGUGGUGGUGAAUGUGUCUUAUUUUCUGGGAAGAGGGUCUCUAACCAUUUGACAUCAGUGAGCAGCUCACUGGAAUUAUGUGGUUCUCGAAGGAACCAUACCUCCAUAUUUUCCAGAAAGGAAACCCAAGGGGGGGGGAGGUGAGGUUAAAAAACUGGGGAAGAGGAAAAUUUGAAAUUCUAUAGGCAGGGGAAUCAGUAAAACAUACAAUGGGGGAAGGUCAUGGCUUUAAGGAAAAAUUUAGUUGUUUACCAAGGAAUAGGCAGGGUUAUCAGUCUUAAAAUAGAAUCAAUUUUUAUUUUUUUCUGUCAUUCUCUGAAAGAAAUAUCUACAUGUGCUUCAUGUAAAAUAGGAUUUCAUUUAUUUUGGAACAAAAACAACUGAAAGAAUCAUGAUAGAAGAAGAUCUAGUAACCUGCUCACUUAAAACUAGCUGUCCAGUCAGGGAAUCAGUCAGGGAACCCCUGAUGUUUAUAUAAACAAAUUCUUGCAACCCAUUUUACAGUUAGGUUACAAUUUGUAUUUUGUCCAGACCUUAAAAAAUUGUAACUGGUGGUUCAUUCUAGUUUAAGUAUGAAGAAAGUAGGCUUAUUUGUAUUGAAUGCAGAUAGCAACAGUACAACAGGACAGGGAAUAUGUAUUUCCAAAAUUGCUAGUCUUUUUUUUUUGUUAUGAGACACCAAACUUGAAGAGUAAGGACUAAAGAUUUGGGAAAUUUAACUGAUAUACAAUCAAAGUAUUUUAUAUGAAUCAAGUGAAUUUAUGUUCAAUUAAUUGAUGUGAAUUUGUUGUUCAACCUCAAAUUCUGUCUAAUGGUAGGAAAUAGAGACACUUGUGUCCCUAGUAUGAUAACACAAGAAUAGAGAAUUACAUGAUUUAAGUUUUUGUGUGAUACUUCUCUAGAGUUAUAUGAUAGUAUUUAAAAAGGACACUUUAUUCUCUACAGCUGUAUUCAAUAGUUAUUUUUUAUGUUUGAGGAAAUGAUUUAAAAAUUAAAAC